ACCAUCACAUCACACAAGCUGUCCCCGAAAGAAACAUUCAAGGAUACAGGGGAGGGGAGACACAGUGGAGAGGUAGACAGAGAGAGCAUAGAGCCAGAUGAGAAAAAGAAACAGACAGAAGAAGAGUUAGAAGAAGUGAGGUAGGAUAGAGACGCUGCUAUGAUAGUGAGGUGGAGUGUGUGUCGCAGUUCCCUGGGUCUGCCAGCUUGUGGACUACCCAGUGCCCGCCACAACUCCAGUAUGCCGGUGGUGCGCCAGGCUCUGUCCCCAGACAACAGCAGUACGGUCCAGAACUUCAGUGAGAUCCCAGGUCUCUGGAGAAAUGGACUUGCCAACCUCUACAGUUUCUGGAAACUAGACGGAUUCAGGAACAUCCACAGAGUCAUGGUGCACAACUUCAACACCUUCGGUCCAAUAUACAGGGAGAAGAUAGGCUACUAUGAUAGUGUAAACAUUAUAAAGCCGGAGGAUGCAGCCAUCUUGUUCAAGGCAGAAGGACACUACCCCAAGAGGUUAACGGUGGAGGCAUGGACCUCAUACAGAGACUACAGGAACAGGAAAUAUGGAGUCCUGCUCAAGAAUGGGGAGGACUGGCGGUCCAACAGGGUGAUUCUGAAUAGAGAGGUGAUCUCUCCCAAGGUAUUGGGGAACUUUGUUCCUCUGUUGGAUGAGGUUGGAAAGGACUUUGUGGCCCGAGUACAUAAGAAGAUAGAAAGGAGUGGACAGGACAAAUGGACCACCGAUCUUUCUCAAGAACUCUUCAAAUACGCUCUGGAAUCGGUGGGUUCAGUUCUGUAUGGAGAACGUCUGGGCCUGAUGUUGGACUACAUCAACCCUGAGGCCCAACACUUCAUUGACUGCAUCUCUCUGAUGUUCAAGACUACCUCUCCCAUGCUGUACAUCCCCCCGGCCAUGCUUAGGAGGGUAGGAGCCAAGAUCUGGAGAGAUCACGUAGAGGCCUGGGAUGGCAUCUUCAACCAGGCGGACCGCUGCAUCCAGAACAUCUACAGGACGAUGCGUCAGGACACUAACACCCACGGGAAGUAUCCAGGAGUCCUGGCCAGCCUUCUGAUGUUAGACAAGCUGUCUAUAGAGGAUAUCAAGGCCAGCGUCACUGAACUGAUGGCUGGAGGGGUUGACACGACAUCUAUCACCUUGCUGUGGACUCUAUAUGAGCUUGCCAGACACCCUGACCUCCAGGAAGAGUUGAGGGCUGAGGUGGCUGUAGCCAGACAGUCUACCCAAGGAGACAUGCUACAGAUGCUGAAGAUGAUACCGCUGGUCAAAGGAGCGCUGAAGGAAACGCUGAGGCUUCAUCCAGUUGCAGUCAGUUUACAGAGAUACAUUACAGAGGAAAUCGUCAUUCAGAACUAUCACAUACCUUGUGGGACUCUGGUCCAGUUGGGUCUCUAUGCGAUGGGUAGAGACCCAGAUGUGUUCCCCAGACCUGAGAAGUACCUCCCGUCCCGCUGGCUGCGGACAGAGAACCAGUACUUCAGGAGCUUGGGCUUCGGGUUUGGACCCAGACAGUGUCUUGGACGACGCAUAGCUGAGACGGAGAUGCAACUCUUCCUUAUACACAUGCUGGAGAACUUCAGAGUAGAGAAACAGCGUCAGGUGGAGGUACACAGUACCUUUGAGUUGAUUUUGUUGCCAGAGAAGCCCAUUCUUCUGACCCUGAAGCCCCUAAAGAGCGGCCAGUGAUAUCAUGAAGCCUCUACACAGUAGCUGGUGACAUCAUGAAGCCUCUACACAGUAGCUGGUGACAUCAUGAAGCCUCUACACAGCUGACGGUGACAUCAUGAAGCCUCUACACAGCUGACGGUGACAUCAUGAAGCCUCUACUCUGUAAGGUCAAAGCGUAAGAAAAAUUCUAACAUUGUUUUAA